GGGAGCUGAGGGGAGAGAGAGGCCGGUCCUGGUCUGGCCGCUGCGGCUGCUAGCCCGAGGUCUCCAAGCCGGGCUGCGGCUCCAUCCUCGGCUCCUGGGGCACCGUCUGCAAGGCUCCGCCGACCAGAGUGAGAAAGCCGCGGGCGGCGACCGCCGCAUCAUGUCAGCCAAGGACGAGCGGGCCAGGGAGAUCCUGAGGGGCUUCAAACUAAAUUGGAUGAACCUUCGGGAUGCUGAGACAGGGAAGAUACUCUGGCAAGGAACAGAAGACCUGUCUGUCCCUGGUGUGGAGCAUGAAGCCCGUGUUCCCAAGAAAAUCCUCAAGUGCAAGGCAGUGUCUCGAGAACUUAAUUUUUCUUCGACAGAACAAAUGGAAAAAUUCCGCCUGGAACAAAAAGUUUACUUCAAAGGGCAAUGCCUAGAAGAAUGGUUCUUCGAGUUUGGCUUUGUGAUCCCUAACUCCACAAAUACCUGGCAGUCCUUGAUAGAGGCAGCACCCGAGUCCCAGAUGAUGCCAGCAAGCGUCUUAACUGGGAACGUUAUCAUAGAAACAAAGUUUUUUGACGACGAUCUUCUUGUAAGCACAUCCAGAGUGAGACUUUUCUAUGUUUGAAAGAAGAAUGUGUGUACAUUUCAAGAAUUUGGGUUUUUUGGAGGGAGGAGGAAACUGUUUACUUUUUUCCUCCACAUGUUUGAUUUUUGACACAUACACCCCUAAUUCCCUCAACAGCAGAACCUACCUGCAGCCACCAGGGGACCAGCUCUGUGUAGGUAACCAGAUGGCUCUUUUUCCCAAGCUGCCAUCUUCCAGCUGACCAGACUAAACUCCCAACCCCAGACCAGGGCAGGGGACAGGUCUCAAGUCCUUCCCAGCAUACACACAGGGAACAAACACAUACCACAAACCGGUAACUGUACCUGUCACCCUCCUUGUCUCCUCCUUGGGCCCUACAGGCUACACAUCUACCUUUGGCCCCUGGUUUUGGAAGAAUUCCGUGUUCCUGACCCAUGUUUAGUUUUUUCCUACCAUUUCUAUUUCAUACAUUCUCAUACAUUUAACUUGUAAAAUAGACUGUGAUAUUAUUACAUAAUGUAAUUAAAAAUAUGAAUUAAAAUA